AUGGGGCUCUGCUACAGCCUACGCCCGCGGCUCUUUGGCGAAUCCGGCACAGCAGCAGGCGGCGGCGGCGGCGGCGGCGGCUCCAUCUCCAGCGCUGCCGCCACGACCACCUCGGAGACCGAACAACAGCCAUCGCCACCGCCCUCGGCAGAACCCUCGGCCCGGGCGCCGCCUCUCCUGCCCGGAGCUCAGGCCGGGAAAUCGAGAGGCAGAAGCGCAGGGAAAGGAAGCGGCAGCAGCAGCAUCAGCGGCGAGAGCGAAGGAGCCGGUGGAAAGCCGCGCGUGGGGGAGGCGGACGGGACCCUGCUGCUCCUGCAGAACGGAGAGGGGAACGGGGCGGCUCCCCGGGAGAAAGAACGGGAAUCGCCGCAGGGGCCGCCGGCAUCUCAGGCCAAGCCCGCCGCUGGCAAACAACAGUCUCUGACGCUGCAGAGACCCUGGGAGAAGGGGCGCUUGGAGGAGCGGGAGGCGGAGAAGGAAGCCAGGCGAGUCAGCAAGAGCAUUGACCGGGCGCUAAAGGAGCAGAAGCGGGAAUACAAGCAAACGCACCGCCUGCUGCUGUUGGGGGCUGGUGAAUCAGGAAAAAGCACUAUUGUCAAGCAGAUGAGGAUCUUGCAUGUAAAUGGAUUUAAUUCAGAAGAAAAGAAACAAAAAAUUCUGGAUAUUCGGAAAAAUGUAAAAGAUGCAAUUGUGACUAUAGUUUCAGCAAUGAGCACUUUAAUACCUCCAGUUCCAUUAGCUAACCAAGAAAACCAAUUUCGAGCGGAUUACAUCAAAAGCAUAGCUCCACUUUCUGAUUUUGACUACACCCAGGAAUUCUUUGAACAUGCAAAAAAGCUCUGGGAUGAUGAAGGAGUAAAGGCAUGCUUUGAGAGAUCAAAUGAAUAUCAACUUAUUGACUGUGCACAAUACUUCCUAGAAAGAAUAGACAGUGUCGGUCUUCCUGAUUACACGCCCACAGAUCAGGAUCUCUUAAGAUGCCGGGUUUUGACUUCUGGGAUUUUUGAGACAAGAUUCCAAGUAGACAAAGUAAAUUUUCACAUGUUUGAUGUAGGUGGUCAGAGAGAUGAAAGAAGAAAAUGGAUCCAAUGCUUUAAUGAUGUCACAGCUAUUAUCUUCGUUGUGGCCUGUAGCAGCUACAAUAUGGUCAUAAGAGAAGACAACAACACAAACAGAUUGCGGGAGUCCUUAGAUCUCUUCAAAAGCAUCUGGAACAAUAGAUGGUUACGGACAAUUUCUAUCAUUUUGUUCUUGAACAAACAAGAUAUGCUUGCUGAAAAAGUCUUGGCAGGAAAAUCUAAAAUCGAAGAUUAUUUUCCCGAAUUUACACGUUACACUGUACCUGAAGAUGCAACACCAGAUGCAGGAGAAGAUCCCAAAGUUACAAGAGCAAAGUUUUUUAUUCGGGAUGAAUUUUUACGAUUAAGUACGGCAACCGGAGAUGGAAAGCAUUAUUGCUAUCCACAUUUCACAUGUGCAAUUGACACAGAAAAUAUUCGGAGAGUGUUCAAUGAUUGUAGAGACAUCAUUCAGAGAAUGCAUCUUCGCCAGUAUGAACUAUUGUAAUUAAGGACACCCUGGAGUCCGUGGUUUUAAGCAUCUUUCUUUCUUGGCUUCCUCAGAUGAAGUAGAGGAAGAGAUAUUAGAUCCAUCUGCCUCCUCAGUUCGUUUGCUUUUAUUAGCUUUUCUAGCCCAGCCCAUGCUUUAGGGACAAUAUGUGUGCUUUAUUUUUAUAUGCCACUUCUUUGUCAUUCCACUGAAGUCUUUGGCUACCUCUGUUUCCUUUGGUUCGGUUGUAAAUUUUUGUUUAUGUUUAAUUAAUUGGACAUAGUCUGCUAAUUUUUUUUCAGCAGACUUGUUACUUCAAGCUGGUAUCUGCUAGUUAGAUGACACUGUGUCAUACCUAGAAUGUUUGUGGAGGGUUCCUUUUGUAUCAUGACACUGAAGAGUACUUGAUAGACAGAAAGGGAAUAAUGCACUUUGCUUCAGAAUUAGAAAAUACUGUUGGAGAUGUAUACAUGCAUGAUGUAGCAGCACUAUGAUAUUUAUUACACUGAGUUUUUAACGAACUGAGUUGCAGGUCAACUGAUGAAGUGACCUCCUCUUCUAAGCCAUUGCUGGCCCAGGAAUAGAGUAGGUAAGCAAUUUUGGGAGGUUUGGAGCUAAGAGUCUCUUUACACCUCAGGCUUUUGAAUUUAGAGCUACUUUUUCAGCCUAUUGCAUUUAGGCAGAAAAUUCACCUUCACAUACCAUAUUUCUUCUGUCCACAAAUGAUUCAAUUAAUUUAGAUCAUUUUGGGGCAUCA